AUGGGCCAGUCCCUGGGAAGGGCACAGAAGAGAGGAUUACAGAGAAAUGGAGCCAGGCUUAGUCCUGAAAUCCCUCUUCUUCUGGACUUAAAGCUGUCAGGAUGGCUAACUGGUUGGCUUCCUACAUGGUGCCCUACGUCUACAUCACACCUUAAAGAAGCUGAAGAGAAAAUUUUAAAAUGUGUCCCCAGCAUAUAUAAAAAAGAAGCUGUUCGUAUAUCUAAUGGAAAUAAAAUAUGGACACUGAAGUUCUCUCACAAUAUUUCAAAUAAGACUCCACUUGUUCUCCUCCAUGGAUUUGGAGGCGGCCUUGGACUCUGGGCACUGAAUUUUGAAGAUCUUUGCACCAAUAGACCCGUCUAUGCUUUUGACCUUUUGGGCUUUGGACGAAGUAGUAGACCCAUGUUUGACAAUGAUGCGGAGGAAGUGGAGAAUCAGUUUGUGGAAUCCAUUGAAGAGUGGAGGUGUGCUCUCGGACUGGACAAAGUGAUCUUGCUUGGACACAACCUGGGUGGAUUCUUGGCUGCUGCUUACUCACUGAAGUACCCAUCAAGGGUUAGUCAUCUCAUUUUAGUGGAGCCUUGGGGUUUCCCUGAGCGACCGGACCUGGCUGAUCAAGACCGACCGAUUCCAGUUUGGAUCAGAGCCUUGGGAGCAGCACUGACUCCCUUUAACCCUUUAGCUGGCCUCAGGAUUGCAGGACCCUUCGGUUUAAGUCUAGUACAGCGUUUGAGGCCUGAUUUCAAACGGAAGUACUCUUCAAUGUUCGAAGAUGAUACUGUGACAGAAUACAUCUACCACUGUAACGUGCAGACUCCGAGUGGUGAGACAGCGUUCAAAAAUAUGACUAUCCCUUAUGGAUGGGCAAAAAGGCCAAUGCUCCAGCGAAUCGGCAAGAUGGACCCUCACAUUCCAGUCUCGGUGAUCUAUGGUGCCCGGUCCUGCAUAGACGGCAAUUCCGGCACCAGCAUCCAGUCGUUACGACCACAUUCAUACGUGAAGACGAUAGCCAUCCUUGGGGCAGGGCAUUAUGUGUAUGCAGAUCAGCCCGAAGACUUCAACCACAAAGUGAAAGAGAUCUGUGACACUGUGGACUGAGCACCAUGGCGGGGACAGGGAGAGCGUGCUGACUGGUGCAGUUCCUCAGCAGUAAUCUGUCCACAGAAGAGUAAGGGGUUCAGCUGAAGAGCCAGGCGGGCUUCUUGACUGUACUUUGCACAUGUUUUCUCUAGGAAGCUGCUUGCACACUUAAACCAGUUAGUGCCUUCUAGAAGAAUGCCUGUCCUUUCUCCUACCAAAGUCAAUAUGCAAGAGCCUCCGAAUCUAAUAGCUUUAAUAAAAGGUGGUUUGUCCCUCUGCUGUACUGAAAAAUGGUAAUUUUUCAACUGAAAUUGUUUUCAUUUCUAUCUAACUUUGCUAUGUCAGGUACUUUUUAUAUUUCAGUCUGUAUUGCCUAUUUAAAAAAGUGAUUUCUGAACAUAUAUUUUAUAUACUGUAAAAGUGCACUUUGUUUUUUUUUUGUCUGCUUGUAUUUACCAUGUCUAAUAACUGAUAUAUAAUGCAUCAAAAUUCAGUGUGUUUCUGUAAAAAUGUGUCACCUUUUUAGAAUGCUUCACUUUUGAAAUGGAGUGAUGAGACAGCAUUUUGGUUAAAAAGAAUAGGAAUUGAUCACUAGCAUUAAUUUUCCUGUUGUCUAUUUAAGGCUGCAAAGCCAUGGUUAGCAUUUUAAAUGUGAUCCAUCCUGAUAUAUCUGCAACAGUAUAACUCCUGGGAUCUGUACGUGUGAUGCAAUUUUACGUCAGCAGGGCACAGCAUUAACACUUAAGUGAUCCAGUACUAGAAAGCCCUAACAGCUGUCCUUCCUCACCUUAAUCCUAGUCUGCUCCAUGAGCUAGGAUGCAGCAAAAGGAGCUGAUUUCCUCUCCGAGGGGAUAGUAAGACUGUUACCUUCCAAUAAGCCAAAUCAUACACUCUCAUAUCUAAUCUUGUAGAUCGGUGCUAAAACUAGAUUAGUUUUUACCACUAAAUAUAAAAACAGGUAGUGCUGUUACGUCUCAUGGCACCAGAGAUGAGCUAGCACUUGGGUUUGUUUGGUGUUUUUUAAGAGUUUUGUGUUGAUUAAAUAAUUUACAUGCUUUAAGUUGUACUAAAAUUCUAUAAGGUUGGUUAAACUAUUUAACAAUAACUGCCAUUGGAUUUAGUACUUUUUUGCUGUUUUAAAAUGAGGAAAACCUCUUUGGAAACUGUGAAAAAGCUCCACGUGGUAACUGGCUGCUGAGAAGACCCUUCGAAGGAGAAAACGGAAUAGGACUGUCACCACCGAGGCAUGUUUGGGUUAGGUUUGCUGAUGUUCUUGUCUAGGAGGAAGGUGGUUAUGUAAAUAAAAACAGUAACCGAGAGCAAAUAAUGAUGUAAUGCUUUCGACUGUUGCAUUUUUAAAAUGGUUAAUUAGGAAAUUUCUAGUUGGUAGAAGUAAGGUUGUAUCACUCUUGAUUAACUGCCAAAAAAACCGAAUGUUGUUUUCAGCGUGAUCUCCCUACAAAAGAAUAGUCAGAGUAUGCAGAUUACACUGAAGCACAACAGAUAGGUUCCCAGUGAGUUUGUCUCACUUGUCAGAUUAAGUAGGUUAGUGAGAAAGUAACAUGAGCACCAAGGCAUGUCAGAUUUCUCUACUGUUAGAACAAAAAUAGCCUUUACGUUUUAGUUAGUAUUUUAGUUUGGCCAGGUUCAAACACGUGGUACAGAUGACUUGGGUAAUAGUUCGUAUCUUUGUUUGACAGACUCUCCCGUGUCCCUUAGAUCUUCUUUGCUGGACAAAUGACAGCUUUCACUUGCACAGGAGGCUCCUGUGUGGGAAGCCUGGUCCCAGCCCUUGGAGGGAAGUUUCUAGGUUCACUUAGUGGGGUUUCUGGCUAUGAAUGUGCCAAGUGAUUCAGGAAAAAGAUGUGCCCAGAUGUCAAGUGGAACUUGUGUUCCUACUGAUUGAUUUAUUUGAAAAAUACUGUCAUAAUUCUUUUUAAAAAUUGAAUUUUACCUCGGGCUGUAGCAUAUCUACUUUGUGAAGAUGGAGCUAGUGGGGAAAACCAGUCCUCAAACUCCUGAAAAUACAGUAGGUGCUCAGUGUUUUUUUAAAUCGAUUACAGUAUUUAAUCUUUGCUAAAUUAUGCACAAUGUACAUCAUUAUUUUACAGAAUAAAUUUUACUGUGGUAGUCACAACAGGAAA